CUACAAUAGAAACGAGCGAAUUAACUAAUAAAUUUAAACCAUCCGGCACUUAUCCCAUUGUUCUUCUUACCUCACAAAUCAGUCCGCAGUUCAGUCCGACUAUACAAAUUCGCGCAAAAUGUUUCCCGCAAAACUUCUACUGUUUUAUCUGCAAAGUAUCACGUUCAUUUCCGCCGCGACUUUCGAUUUUUCCGUGGUUUACCGCCUACCGCACGACGUUCGAGGCCACCAGUUUCCAGCCGGAAGAGAAAUUUCAGAGACUUUAGGAAACGCCACCGAAAUCGCGGUGGAUCAAAAAGUGCCAAUCGUCUUGAGGAGUUUCGAUGUGAGUUUCGCAAAAAACUUGCGAGUUCUCGUAAUGAACAACUGCGGAAUAAACGAAAUCGAAGUUGGAAGUUUUAAGAAUUUGCCGGAAACUGUAGAACAUCUUAAUAUCACUGGAAAUCCAUUGAAGGCAAUUAGAGAUGGUAUCUUCAAUUAUUUAACAAUCGAAGUGCUGAAUUUAUCUUCAAAUAAACUAGCUACUAUUAGUUCGGGAGCUUUUGACAGCAUGCCAAAUCUGACGCGCAUUAUCCUAGACUAUAACGAACUAACUUCUUACGCUAUCUGGUUUCAAGAUUGUCCAAAUUUAGUUUCCAUAUCAGCACAGUACAAUUUUAUACAGUACAUUCCUCCGAAUAUAUUCGAAAAGUUAUCUAGUCACAAAUUAAAAGUUCACUUCAGUUACAACAAAAUCAACAUCAUCCAUCAAGAUUUAUUCAACGUUGAAGAAUUCGCGGAGUUAUAUUUAGAUCACAACGAUAUGACUGAAUUUGAUUUGGACGUUAGCAAAAUUUCGGGAACGUUUAGUUUGGAACAUAACCAUAUAGAAUGUCUAUCUGACGAGUUUAUCAGAAACGAUUUGAAGAAAGUUCAAAAAUUGGACUUGCGUGAAAAUCCGAUCAACUGUACGUGCUACGAAGGGUUGGUGAAAAUUAAAAAUUUGGCAGUGUCGCCGACGAAUUGUACUUCUAAAGUUUGAGUGCGUUUUGGAAAAUAGAUUGCAAACACAGUAAAACAGCUUUUGUGAAGAAAUAUGUUUUGUUUUUUUAAAUACACAUUUUUGGGUUCUUUAUCCAUUGUUUCUGUAUUUAAAAGGUUUUAAAAUAAAACUACGUUUGAACUAAUAAUGCGUUUAUUGAAUUUUCCGCAUAAUAGUCUGGUUCACAAGUGCCAUUUCCCUCGAAACCUGUCCUCCAGCACCGAAAAUUAUGAUUUUGGGCUCAUUCGAUUCGGAAUGGCAUCUAGAACAUUCUAUCAAAAUUCCAAGAAG